UAACUGAACAAAACUCCUUACAGUCUUAAAAGGUUGUAUCAAACUAUAGGUACUAAAGAUGCCCGACAAAAAAGUCCUCAUCAUCCUCAGCGACGCCAAUUCCUUCCCGCUGAAGAAAACCCACGGCCAGGACGCCGGCCAAACAGUCGACCAACCCUCCGGCUUCUUCCUCAUGGAACUGGCCAAACCACUCCAGAAACUCCUUGAUGCAGGCUACGAAGUCACCUUUGCCUCCCCCAAAGGUCAAGAACCGACUCCCGACCCGAACAGCGAAUCGCUCCUCGCCUUCGCGGGCAAUUUCUACGAGCGCAGGAGAGAGAACGAGCUGAUUGAGCGCAUGAAGCGGGAGAAUGGAUUUAGUCGACCGCGUACCUUUAGCUCCAUCAGUGAUGAGGAGUUGGAUUCGUUCGCCGGCGUGUUCAUCCCGGGUGGACAUGCGCCGCUAAGGGAUCUGGGCGCUGAUCGCGACCUCGGUCGCGUUCUGAGACAUUUUCAUGCGAAGAGUCGACCCACCGCUGCUAUUUGUCAUGGCCCGUUUGCGUUCCUCAGCACGAAGCUUGCGGGGGAUGGCUCCUUUGCGUAUAAGGGGUACAAGAUUACCUCGUGGAGUGAUGCCGAAGAGAGGAUGAUGGAGAUGAUGUUGGCGGGGGAGAUUGAGAAGGUGGAAUCUGACCUUCGAAAUGAAGGGGCUAUCAUGAUUGAAGGUGCAAAGGAGAAGAUUGGCAGCAUCACUGUUGAUCGGGAGUUGGUGACCGGUGCGAAUCCUAUGGCGGCUAAUGCUUUGGGGGACCAGUUUCUGGAGAUGAUGAGUGUGCAUUAGGUAUACUGUAUAGUGAGUGUAGUUGCACAUACGUAUAGGCUGUGGCAUGCUAGAUUGAUUAUGAAUUGAAUGACUUCUGUUAGUACCUAAUGCCCAACAUGACAUGUUAAGUAUUGAUCCUAUCACUCGACAAAAGGCUGCGGGGUGAUCGAUGGCCCCAUCAGUCGGACCGAGG